GUUUCCGAAUCAAAACGUGUUGCGAACAGCUCAGCGGUUGCAGACAGCAGAGUAACGUUACUGAGAGUAGCAGAGAGCAGACUGCUGAGACAACUUUGUAGCCUUAACUACUUUAACGUGUCAUAGUCUCUACCCAGUAACGGGAUGGAGGCCCAACCAGAGGAGACGGCUGUGGUACCGGAGGUUCUGCAGAGCUCAGCGGAGACACACGGAGAGGAACUGGAACCUAACGACGGUACCGGCACCGAGCACCUGGAGGACGGAUGCACAGCUGAGACAGAACCUCAGGGACUGACCUCCGUGACCUCAGACAGCCGUUUACCGGGAGAGUUAACGGGAGGAGGAGCAGAGGAGAUGGAGGUUACAGAGAAUCUGAACUCUGUCUCGAGCUCCGAGCUGGGAGACGGAACCACACACACACAUCUCCCCCAGGACCUCCCCCAUGAUCUCUCUCAGGACCUUCCCCAUGAUCUCUCUCAGGACCUCCCCCAGGACCCUCCCCAGGUACUGCUGACGUUACAGGACGGUGUGUGUGUCAGGGACCAGCGGGACGGCAGCAGCUCCUCCUCAGACAGUGAUUCGGACUCCUCUUCUUCCGGUGUGACGCUGGCUGUUGUGUUAGGUCAGGCAGAUGAAGAAGAUGAUGAUGAUGAAGGCUUCAGUCGGGCAAGGAAACCCUGUGCCAUCAAAACCCUGGACGAGACCCUGCCUGAGGAGUUGCCUGCUGUCGAGGAGUUGACGGUUGUUCUACCAGAGGAGGCGGAGAUACUGCCCCUAGGAUCAGUCAGCAGUAUCAUCCAACAGCUGGUGAUCAUACAAUCAUUGAAGGACACGCCCCCUCUGAAGGACGACAGCGUCAUCUUCAACUCUGAUAGGCUGGCCGUGGGCAAGGUAUUUGAGGUGUUUGGGCCGGUCUCCAGUCCCUUCUAUGUGUUGAGGUUUAACACAGAGAGCGACAUCACGGAGAGAGGAGUGAAGCUGAAUGACUCUAUGUUCUACGCGCCGUCUCUCACCGACUACACCCUCUAUAUCCUCACUGAGCAGCUACGACGGUUGAAAGGGUCCGACGCAUCCUGGAAGAAUGACCAGGAACCUCCACCAGAGGCGUUGGACUUCAGUGAUGAUGAGGCAGAACAUAAGAUGAAGAAGAAGAAGAAGAAGGGGAAUGUCCAAAAGAACCAGAGAGCUGACCACCAACCAGACAGAGAUUCCGUCACCAGACCACAGAUGUCCCAGAGGCCUUUGCAACAGAGUCGUCCACCUCGCCGUGACAACUGGGGUCCCCCACCCCGAUACGAAGGGUCUCCAUACUACACACACCAGCCCCACUACCCCUACCCUCCCCCCUACCAGCCUCAGUCCUUCCCCCUCUACCCUCCCCCUCCUCCCCCCCACAUGUCCUUCCCCUGGUCCCCUCCCCCCUCUCACCCCUACCACAACCUCCCCUUCUCUCACCUCCCCCCUCCUCCCCCACCGCCCACUGGCCCCUAUCCUCCUCAGUGAGGACACACACACCUAGUGACUGUACACCUCUCCUCCCCCACCGCCCACUGGCCCCUAUCCUCCUCAGUGAGGACACACACACCUAGUGACUGUACACCUCUCCUCCUAGACACUCAUCAGUGUUGUUUGACCAAAUCAACACAUUAAAGUGUAUUUUUACUGUCUGCAUUUCAUAUCUGUUUUAAUGGUGUCUGUCCUUAAAUCCCCGGUAGUGGGGACUAUUGUAGUGAUGAUGAUAACAGCAGUUUAAUUAACAAAUAUGACCCUGUUUUGGACCAUUCCCUCAUCAUGUACUCUCCUCUGCGGGCUAUAUUUGUGUGUAUUAUGGAUCCCCAUUUAGUACCUGGUUAAAUAAAAAAACGAACUGGUGCAAAACCUUAUGAAACUUGUAAACAGCUGGACUCUGGUGACAAAUAAACUAUUCAAUUCUC